GUGCCACUUGACAAUAGCCUAACUUUAUACACGGUUCAAAAUUGCUGUUGAGCUGCCUAUUUGUGGUAAAGCUGAACGUGAUGUAAGGUUGUAUUGUGUGAAUUAUAUAUCGGUAUUAACCUAACGGACACUAUGUUUCGAGGAGUUUACAGAGGAAAUCAAAAACACCAAGGUGACUUUGAUCAGAUAAUUGACCGUGCUGUCAAAGUCGGAGUCCAAAAGUUCAUGAUCACGGGGGGAAAUCUUGAAGACAGCAAGGAGGCCCUCAAAUUAGCAGAGUCCAGAGAGGAAUUUUACAGUACGGUUGGAUGUCAUCCAACACGCUGCAGCGAGUUUGAACAGAGUGGACCAGAUCAGUACUUCACAUCACUGAGGGAGUUGGCAACAUCAAACAAGGGCAAGGUGGUGGCCAUUGGAGAAUGUGGAUUAGAUUUUGACAGGUUGGAAUUCUGUCCAAAAGAAACUCAAAUGAAGUAUUUUGAGAAGCAGUUCGACUUGGCUGAGGAAACCAAACUGCCAAUGUUCCUUCACUGCAGAAACUCGCAUAAGGACUUCCUUGACAUCAUGAAGAGAAACAGAGACCGAUGUGUCGGAGGUGUGGUCCAUUCUUUUGAUGGAACUAAAGAAGAUGCUGCUGCCCUCACUGACCUGGAUCUAUAUAUUGGCAUAAACGGCUGUUCUUUGAAAACAGGAGCAAAUAUUGAAGCGAUGAAGUCCAUUCCCAGUGAAAGACUGAUGAUUGAGACAGAUGCUCCAUGGUGUGGGGUGAAGAACACUCAUGCGGGGGCCAAGCACAUCAAAACUACAUUUCCCACCAAGAAGAAAUGGGAGGCAGGACACUGCUUGAAGGACAGGAACGAGCCUUGCCAUAUCAUACAAGUGCUUGAAAUCAUGGCUGCUGCAAGGAAUGAGGAUCCUGUGGAGAUGGCAAACAUCAUUUACAACACCACUAUGAAAGUGUUCUUUACUGGAAGCUGAUUACUUUUCCAAAAAUAAAUUUUCCCGGACCUAAUUUGAAAAUGCCUUUUGUCCUUAAGGAAGAGCAUUUCAUGCUACUCUUCAAGAGUGGUUUAUGUUUACACCAUCUGCCAACUGGCUCCAACUGCUCAUGUUAGCACUUGCUGGUGUCAAUCAGUGAAGUCCUCAGAAAUGCCUUAUCACUAACUUUGCAUGGAGAAUUUAGAUAGCAUGGCCUUCAAAUGCCUAUUUGCUCUGUUCCAUCUGACUGUGCAAUCCACUAUUUCAUCAGCCCAGGGAGGGACGUUAUAAACUUGAUCUCCACAAUAAAAAUAAUCUAGACAUUA